AUGGUGCUACCUUCGGAUGCACCAACUUCGGUUCCUCUCAAAUCAGCUGGAAAUGAAGAAGAUUCAGACGACAAAAUUCUCUCGCCAUUGGGGUUAGCUGUCCUCUCUUGUAGCUCUCUUCUCUUCUUUUUUGUGUUGUUCCUCUUGCAAGUAGCUUUGAUCUCCAAAUCCAGUGAAGCUAAGUCCCCUGCUAGAGUUUUACCUUGCAUACAAGAAGCAAGCUACUACGGAGCAUUUCAAAAUGUUUGUGGUGGUGAUGACAAUGAUAAUAAUGAUGAUAUUAGCAGCAACAACAAUGAUAGAAAUAUUAGUGGUGGUCACGAUGACAGUGACAGUGGUGAUGAUGUAGAUGGUGGUGGCCAUGAUAAUGUGGUUGUGAUAGCGAUGUUGGUGGUGACAACCAAAGGUGAUGACGAUGUUGGUGGUGGCGGCGAUGAUAAAGGUGGUAUUAAUGUCAAUAAUGUUGGUGGCGAUGAUAAUGUGGUGGUGAUAGCGGUGUUGGUGGUGACAACCAAAGGUGAUGAUAAUGUUGGUGGUGGUGGCGAUGACAGAGGUGAUAUUAAUGUCAAUGAUGUUGGUGGCGGUAGUGGUAGUAAGAGGUGGCAGUGUGGUGGUGGUAGUAGUUACGACAUUGGUGGUGGUUGUUGUGAUGCUAGUAGUGAUUGUGGUGGUGGUGGUGGUAGUUACGACAUUGGUGGUGGUUGUUGUUGUGAUGCUAGUGGUGAUUGUGGUGGUGGUGACAAAGGUGAUAUUGUUGGUAGUGGUGCUAACAAUGAUGAUGAUCAUGAGAUUGAUGGUAGUGGUGGUGGUAGCAAUGUCGAUGGUGAUGGUGAUGUUGAUGGCGACGAUGGUAAUAGUGAUGGUGGUGGCACCAAGUGGUGGCAAUGGUGA